AUGAAACUAAAAUUUUGCUUACUAUUGUUUCUGUUUGUAGAGUGUGUUUUUUUCAAAGUGCAAUGCAAAUGUGUGAAGGGGUGUGAUAUAGCUUUAGCUUCCUACUAUGUCAAACCUGCAUUUAUAUUCCAAAAUAUAACAAACUUUAUGCAAUCAAAGAUUGUGUCAGUGUCCCAUUCUUCUGAAAUUAUAAUCAGAUACAAUAAAGAUAUAGUAUCCAAUCAUGGUGAUCUUUUUUCCCUAUUUAGAGUCAACAUUCCAUUUCCAUGUGAUUGUAUUGGAGGUGAAUUUUUGGGACAUGUGUUUGAAUACACAGCAAAUAAAGGAGAUACUUUUGAUUUGAUUGCAAAUUAUUAUUAUGUAAGUUUGACUUCGGUUGAACUUUUACAAAAGUUCAACAGCUAUGAUCCAAAUAAUAUACCUAUUAAGGAAAAGGUUAAUGUCACUGUCAACUGUUCUUGUGGGAACAGCCAGGUUUCAAAAGAUUAUGGCUUGUUUGUUACUUAUCCACUAAGGUCUUCGGAUACUCUUGAGAAGAUUGCAAGGCAAUCUAAUCUUGAUGAAGGGUUGUUACAAAGUUACAAUUCUGGUGUCAAUUUCAGCAAAGGGAGUGGGAUAGUGUUUAUUCCAGGAAGAGAUCAAAAUGGAGAUUAUGUUUCCUUGUAUCCUAGAAUAGGUCUGGCCUUCUAA